UUGUCCCGGCUCGAGCGCCGUCCCGCCCGGCGCCGGGAGAGCGCGCGCGGCGGACAUGGGCGAGACCAUGUCCAAGAGGCUGAAACUGCACUUGGGAGGGGAGGCAGAGAUGGAGGAGCGAGCGUUCCCCAAUCCCUUCCCGGACUACGAGGCCGCCGCCGCCGCCUCCGGGUUCCUCACCGGAGCGGUGGAAGAGACCGGCUGCGCCCGCCUCGCGCCCCCUACGGAUGAAAGCGGCCUUCCUUUCCACCAGGACGGGAAGCUUAUUCAUAGCUUCGUAAGGAGGAUCCAGACCAAAAUCAAAGAUCUUCUACAGCAAAUGGAAGAAGGACUCAAGACAGCUGACCCUCAUGAUUGCUCUGCUUACACUGGCUGGACAGGCAUAGCCCUUUUGUACCUGCAGCUAUACCGGGUCACUUGUGACCAGACCUACCUACUCCGAUCUCUGGAUUAUGUAAAGAGGACACUUCGGAAUCUGAAUGGUCGAAGAGUCACUUUCCUAUGUGGAGAUGCUGGUCCCCUUGCUGUGGGAGCUGUGAUUUAUCAUAAACUCAAAAGUGAGAGUGAGUCUCGGGAGUGCAUCACAAAACUUUUGCAGCUUCACAGAACAGUUAUCUGCCAAGAGUCAGAGCUUCCUGAUGAACUGCUUUAUGGACGGGCAGGUUAUCUAUAUGCCUUAUUGUACCUGAACACAGAGAUCGGCCCAGGAACUGUGUGUGAAUCUGCUAUUAAGGAGGUAGUCAGUGCUAUUAUUGAAUCAGGUAAGACUUUGUCAAGGGAUGAAAGAAAAGCUGAGCGCUGCCCCCUCUUGUAUCAGUGGCAUAGAAAGCAGUAUGUUGGAGCAGCCCAUGGCAUGGCUGGAAUCUACUAUAUGUUAAUGCAGCCAGCAGCAAAUGUAGACCAAGAAACCUUGACAGAAAUGGUGAAACCUAGUAUUGAUUAUGUGCGCCACAAAAAAUUUCGAUCUGGGAAUUAUCCAUCAUCAUUAAGUAAUGAAACAGAUAGGUUGGUUCAUUGGUGCCAUGGUGCCUCCGGUGUCAUCCACAUGCUCAUGCAGGCAUAUAAGGUGUUUAAGGAUGAAAAAUACUUGAAAGACGCUGUGGAGUGUAGUGAUGUGAUUUGGCAGCGAGGUCUGCUCCGGAAAGGCUAUGGGAUCUGCCAUGGGACUGCUGGAAAUGGGUACUCCUUUCUCUCCCUUUACCAUCUCACACAGGAUAAAAAGUACCUCUAUCGAGCUUGCAAGUUUGCAGAAUGGUGUCUUGAUUAUGGAGCACAUGGGUGCCGUAUUCCUGACAGACCUUAUUCCCUCUUCGAAGGUAGGCAUGGGAAAUGUGCAUGGAUUUAUACAUUUGGGCAUGUGCAAUGGGUCAUCCUGUCUCUGAGGACAAACACCAGUCCAUUUGAUCUUUUUUGUAUAAAAAAUAAAGCCAUCAGUGUGGUUUUGAAUGAAGUCCUUAAGGUGCGCAGCGCGUCCCCACCUGAAGCCAUCGAAGACCGCCCUGGCCCUCGUGUGAACCCUUCAGGGGCCUCUGGUUCUAGAAAAGGGCAUUAUGGCACCAUUGGAGCCUACAGUUCAUCUCCAAAUAGCCCAGGGGUGCAGCCCCCGCUGCAGGUUAAGAAGGACUUCACACAGGAGCUGGAACUGCCCAAAGAAGUGGGUGGGACCAACUGGAGUCCCAAAGGAGAUAUGAACAUUUGGGAAAGGUCCCCAGAGGCAGAAUUUUCACCAGCAGUGCCUGUGUUCUUGGUGCUUCGGGAAGAAGAAUUGGCUAGGUCAGCUGACAGGCACCCUGUGGGCUCCUCCUCGCUGCCCAGCUGCUUGUUCAUAGGCUAA